CUCCGAGGGACACCAGUGCAACCAGUGUCACCAGUGCCACCAUCGCGUCCAUGGACACCAGGACCACCAGUGCUCCCAGUGUCACCAGUGCGACCAGUAUCACCAUUGCUCCUAAGGAUACUGGUGUUCUCAGUGUCACCGUUGUUCCUAAGGAUACCGGUGCUCCCAGUGUCACCAGUGCUCCUAAGGAUACCAGUGCAACCAGUAUCACCAGUGCUCCUAAGGAUACCAUUGCGUCCAGUGGCACCAGUCUGACCAGUGCUCCCAGUAUCACCGAUACUGGUGCUCCCAUUGCCACCAGUGCUCCCAGUACCACCGUUGCUCCUAAGGACACCAGUGCUCCCAGUAUCACCAUUGCUCCUAAGGACACCAGUGCUCCCAGUGCUCCCAGCAUCACCAGGGCCGCCGCGGACACCACAGCCCCCGGCAUCACCGUCGCCGCUCCGGACACCAGCGCUCCCAGUACCGACAGCGUCCCUAUGGAGACGGGCCCUGACAUCACUGCUGACGUCACCGCUGACGUCACGGCCGUGCCCAAGGGUGGCUCCUCCUCCUCUUCAUCCUCGUCCUCCUCCUCCUCCUCUUCCUCCUCCUCCUCCUCCUCCUCGUCCUCCUCCGACUCCGACUCCAGCUCCAGCUCCUCCGAGUCCGGGCCCCCCUCGCCGCGGCGCCGCUCUUCCUCCUCCUCCUCUUCCUCCUCCUCCUCCUCCUCCUCCUCCUCUUCCUCUUCCUCCUCCUCCUCCUCUUCCUCUUCCUCCUCCUCCUCCUCUUCCUCCUCCUCCUCCUCCUCUUCCUCCUCUUCUUCCUCUUCCUCCUCCUCCUCUUCCUCCUCCUCCUCCUCCUCCUCGGCCCCUCCCGCUGCUGCCGCCGCUGCAGCUCCCACCGCCCCCCCCCAGCCUUCCUCUUCCUCCCCGCCCCCUCCUGACCCCCCUGACCCCGCCAGCGCCCCCCCAGCGACCCCCACCCCCUCCAAAUCCCCCCCUCCCCCCACCUCCUCCGCCCCCCCUGCUUCCACCCCCACCCCCUCCACUUCCACCCCCACCCCCACCACCACCUCCUCCUCUUCCUCCUCCUCAUCAGAGCCCCGCCCCCCGCUCCUCUCCCUGGUUCCCGCCAAAACAGGGGGCGUGGCCACGGCCGCCACGCCCCUGGCGCGCCCUCCCGGCUCUCUCCUCGCCCUCCCCACUGCCCCCUCAUUGGCCCGCGGCAUCGCGGGGGGCGGGGCCAGGCCCUCGCCCCGCCCCUUGGCCCCCCCCGGCUCCCUCCUCAGCCUCACCCCGACCCGGGCCGGGGGUGGGGGGGGCGCGGCUGGGGGGGGACUGACCCCGAGGGGCCCCUUCCCCCUGCUGGGGGCGGGAGGGGGUGGGAGAGCAGGGGGCGGGGCUUUCCCGCGCCCGGCCACGCCCUUUUUGGCCACACCCCCAGGCCGGGCGGGAGGGGGCGGGGCUUACCCGCGGAGCCCCGCCUCCUCCUCCUCCCCUUUCCUGCGCGGGGGGGCCGGGGGGGUGUGCGGGUUCCGGUCCUGCCUGCAUCGUUUCCAGGGUAACGGGCUUAUGGGAUGCGGCGGACGUAUGGGUGGGAGCUGCCUGCACCGUUUCCAUGCCUGAGCUCGGCCCAGUACAACACCGCCUUGUCCCAGUACGGCAGCGCCCAGUACCAGUACGCCAUCAGCGCCCAGUACGCCCAGUACGCGCAGCUGGCGGCCUCCCAGUACCCGGCCAGCGCCAGCAGCAGCGCC